GCUAUCAUGGCGGUGGCAGCAGUGCAUUUCGGAGCCUGAGCACUUCGGGGUAUCAGUGGCGGCGACAACAGACCUAGUGGGCGCUGGGACCCGUGGGCCGUUCGGGGUAAAUUGGUUGGGCCUGACAGUGGGCUGGACAAGUAACCAUAAAGAGAGCAGGCUGAGGGGCAACCAUGUCUGGGCUGCUGGGUCAGCCAGACACAGCCCCAUUUCUCAGCCAAGCAGAUGACACAGAAGAAGAAAAAGGGGGCUCUGGGGCUGGCAAGACUGCAAGUUUCGGUGGCUCAGAGUCCCAGGACAGAGAAAAUCCAGAUGAGGAAGGGCUACAUCUGAUAACAGGCAUCUCCCCUGGACAUGCAACUUUGAUCGUUGGUGUACUUUGCUAUAUCAACCUUCUUAACUACAUGGACCGAUUUACUGUGGCAGGUGUUCUUCCAGAUAUUGAACAGUUCUUUGGAAUUGGUGACAGCAGCUCUGGCCUCAUCCAGACUGUGUUCAUUUCCAGUUACAUGAUUCUGGCUCCUGUAUUUGGCUACCUGGGUGACAGAUAUAACAGGAAGUACCUCAUGUGUGGCGGCAUUGCCUUCUGGUCAUUGGUGACUCUGGGUUCUUCAUUCAUCCCUAGAGAGAGGUUUUGGCUGCUUCUCUUUACCCGGGGCCUGGUAGGUGUUGGGGAGGCCAGUUAUUCUACCAUUGCCCCUACUCUCAUUGCGGACCUCUUUGUGGCUGAUCAGCGGAGUCGAAUGCUCAGUGUCUUUUACUUUGCCAUCCCUGUGGGCAGUGGUCUGGGUUAUAUCGCAGGAUCAAAGGUGAAGGAUGUGGCUGGCGAUUGGCACUGGGCACUCAGGGUCACCCCAGGUCUUGGGAUGGUAGCAGUAUUAUUGCUGUUUCUGGUGGUGAGGGAACCACCCCGUGGAGCUGUGGAACGACAUUCAGACACCCCUCCCUUAAGCCCCACAUCUUGGUGGGCUGAUCUACGGGCUCUGGCACGGAAUCCCAGUUUUGUGCUCUCUUCCUUGGGAUUCACGGCUGUGGCCUUUGUCACGGGGUCCCUGGCAUUGUGGGCGCCAGCAUUCCUGCUUCGUGCUCGAGUAGUCUUAGGAGAGACCCCACCCUGCCUCCCUGGAGACUCUUGCUCCUCUUCAGACAGUCUCAUCUUUGGGGUGAUCACCUGUGUGACUGGGAUUCUGGGUGUGGCCUCUGGGGUGGAGAUCAGUCGCCGUCUUCGCCGAACUAACCCCAGAGCUGACCCCUUGGUCUGUGCAGCUGGAUUGCUGGGCUCUGCCCCCUUUCUGUUCCUGGCCCUGGCUUGUGCUCAGGAUAGCAUUAUAGUUACCUAUGUUUUCAUCUUCAUUGGAGAGCUUCUGCUGUCCAUGAACUGGGCCAUUGUUGCAGACAUUCUGUUGUAUGUGGUUAUUCCCACACGCCGGUCAACAGCAGAGGCCUUCCAGAUUGUCCUGUCACAUCUGUUAGGGGAUGCUGGGAGCCCCUAUCUCAUUGGGCUGAUCUCUGACCGUCUGCGCCGUGACUGGCCUCCUUCCUUCCUCUCCCAGUUCCGGGCCCUGCAGUUCUCCCUCAUGCUUUGUGCCUUUGUUGGAGCACUUGGGGGUGCAGCUUUUCUGGGCACUGCCAUGUACAUUGAAGGUGAUCGAAAGAGAGCGCAGCUUCAUGUGCAAGGACUCUUGAGAGAUGUGCCCCCUCCAGAUGAUCGGAUUGUGGUCCCUCAGCGAGGCCGUUCUACCAAGGUUCCAGUGUCUAGCGUGCUCAUCUGAUUGACAGGACCGUAGCCUGAGGCUGCCUCCUGUUGGGGGGGGUCCUUCAGGGUGAUGGGAAGACCAGGCCUCUGAGUAACCCCAGCACCCUGGACUAUUACCUCAUCCCUGUGCUCAGUGUGGUCCCAUGACCUCUGACCUGGGACCACAGGAGUGGGCCAGUGGCUGAGGUUUGCCCCCUUCCCCUCCCUGUUGCACACAUUAAUGCACUACACGAACAGCAAUAUCAGUCAGGGCAGGCAUGGUUCCACAUUGGGGAGGGGGCAGGUGGUGGAAGGGCCUGGAGUAGGGACUCUCAGCUUUCUGCAGGUCUGUUUGGGGAGGGAUGAUCCCUUUCCCCUCUUCCUCUUUCAGGCUAUAUAUGGGUUCCAGCCUGCCUUCCUGGGAUCAGGGGCAAGGUGCCCCCAUAGUCCAGGCAGGAGGGGUUGGUGCUAUUUUUAUCUGAAUAAACUUUGUAUCCAGA